CGCACGUAUAGAUACUGAGUGAUUAAGUAAUUUCAUACAAUGGAGAUUAUUUUAAAAGGGAAACACAACGACAACAUAAUAUACACACCGAAUCCUAUUGAAACACCUGACACAAGGGGUGUGGGAUACGAAUACUUUAAGGCUAUGGAGAGGUAUCGGGAAAUAAUUGCCCAGGUUGAUGGACAUACAAAUAAGGAAGAAACUUACGAAAAUUUCCUGAAACGCUGUGUUAGAACAGCAAUCGCGAUGAAAAAUAGGGGAAUUAAACCUGGAGAUUUUGUGUCCAUGUGUACAGUGAACGAUAUGGAUGCUGGCGUAGUAUAUAUUGCUGCGAUAUUUAUUGGUGCGAUAACGGCUAACGUUGACCCAUCCAUGUCAGCGGAAGAAAUCGUUUUUUUCUUAAGGCAAGUUUUGCCAAAGAUGGUUUUCGCCAGACAGCAAAGCGAAGGCUUAAUGGAAGAAGUUGUGCGCGAGCUUGGUGGGCAGUUACCACUGGUGGUGUUUGGUGGAACGAAGAAGCACAUCCCAUUUACGGAGUUUUUACAACGGUACGACAAUGAGAACGUUUUCAGGGUGUACGAAGCUAACAGUUUGGAGGAAACUGUUUUCGUUUCGUUUAGCAGCGGUACAACAAGCAGGCCUAAAGGUAUUUGUCACACCCAUUCCUCCAUGAGAGUUAGAUACCAUAACAAUGGGGAAUCCAAAACGUAUGCCGUGUUCAAUCCGCCAUGGCGAUCUCUAUUCAACAGAUGGAUGCACGAAACCAUACUCAACGGCUUUAAGAGAAUCGUAUUUUAUAGAUUCAAUAUCGGAGAGCUUUGGAAAAUUUCAAAUUAUAAAGUAGACUUCAUGUUAAUUUCGCCGGUAUCUAGUGAGGAGUUUUUUAAGUACCAGAAACCUCAGCAUUUCGACUUGGAAAAUUUAAAACGGUUGUUGAUUGGCGGAAACUAUACAUCCAAAGAUUAUUUACUAAAGCUCCAGAAAAUGUUUUCUAAAACGAUUGUUUGUCCGAGCUACGGCCAAAGUGAAAUAUUUAGUACUGUUGCAGCAUUUCCGGAAGACCAACGGAGCGACAAGCUUCGUCGAGAGUUUCCGACGUCAAUUGGCCUCGCUAAAGAUGGAAUUUCUUAUAAAGUGGUGGAUACGGAAACGGAAGAAAUAUUAGGGCCAAAUCAUCACGGUGAACUCAGAUUGAAAACUAAAUACCUAAUGAAGGGCUACCUAAAUUACGAAUCACCGGACCUCUUUGAUUCUGACGGUUGGUACAGAACUGGCGAUUUAGCUUACUACAACGAGCAGAGAUGUUUCUUUAUUAUCGGUAGGGUAAAAGAUACAUUUAAAUUCGGCAACCUUCACAUUUACCCCAGAGAAAUAGAGGAAGUUCUUUUAAGCCAUCGUUCCAUUCAAAACGCGGCAGUUCUUGGUUUGAAAGAUGAAAUAUUCGGAUACCUUCCCACAGCCGUGGUUCAGUUGAACGAUAAGGAGCAUAGUGUAAAACCUGAAGAAAUUAUCAACUACGUAAACACGAGGGUUGAGGAUAAAAAUCGUUUAAGAGGUGGCGUGAAAUUCGUCAAAGAAUUUCCAUGGACACAUACACUAAAGAUACAAAAAUCUAAACUGAGGGAAUGGAUUGAAAGCGGUGUCAUUUAG